AUGAGAUACGAGCCACUGGAUGCACAAUCCGACGGUUCGGAUCGUGCACAACACGCAUGCUGUGCACAAAUGUCCGGCCAGCUUGCCAAAAUUUUCAUCUCUGUUUCAUUGAGAAAUGACUAUGUAUUCAACAACGCUACAACGGGAGUGGAGGAAGUUGGGGAGCUUAUCAAAACCAGAAUUGCUAUGUGGGUGAAGUCAAAAUUUGACAUUAAAGUUUAUACGGUGGAGGAUUUUAAGGGAUAUCUCGAUGGAAUCCAAAAGGAAGAGAUACAGUUGGUGAUAAUCGAGCUAGACGAGUCGAAAUUAAGUAGCAUAUUACUCACUAUGGAAUCCACUAUUUCCUUGACCAACCAAGAAGUAGUGAAAGAAGAGCCGAUCAAACUAUUUUCCUCUCAAAACCCAACUCCAGAGGAAACCAUUUUCCUCUCAAACAUAGACCAGGCAGUGAUUUUCCCAGUGGAGACACUCUUCUUCUUUGAAGUCCCACCAAACAAGACCCCUGCCUCAACACUUCCUGUCUUUGAUCUGGUUAGGAAAGCAGUGGCAGAAGUGCUCUUGGUGCCUUACUACUUUAUGGCUGGGAGGCUUCAGUUUAACCAAGAAAGCAACAGGCUUGAGCUCUUGUGCAACAAUGGUGGGGUCCUGUUUGUUUGUGCUGAAUCAAGGCUGGAAUUGAAGGAUAUUGGAAACCUUUCUCUGCCGAAUUCAACUUUCCAUCUUCUGAUUCAUAGGCCUGGUUUAUACAAAAGCUUGGCUGAUACUCCACUUUUCACAAUUCAGGUGACAAGGUUCAAGUGUGGUGGAUUUGCUCUAGGUUUCAUGACAAACCAUGGAGUACUUGAUGGAAAAUCAGCAAGUGAGAUGUUCCACAACCUUGCCUCCAUAUGCAGAGGAGAAGGCCUAAAAUCCCAAAUCACUCACAACAACAGGACAAGCCUCAGAGCAAGAAAUCCACCACAAAUCAAAUUCCCACACAAUGAAUACGUAAAACUACCAAAAAUACCCUCUCUCCCCACCUCAUUCAGUUCACAAAACAAAACAUCCCCAUCCCCAUUAAUUUUCUCCAGAAAAUAUUACUACAAAUUGUUCCCUUUCACCCAAGAAACCAUCUGCUUACUCAAAGAAAAAGCCAUGGCCAAUUGCUCAAGCUUUGAAGCCAUUGUAGCCCAUACAUGGAAAGCAAGGACUAAGGCUGUGUUUGGACAAAACCCAGAUGGGUUUUCAACAGUUUUGUUUGCAGUGGACAUCAGGGGUAAAAUAUCACCCAAUUUACCAGAUGGGUAUGUUGGGAAUGCAGUAAUAACAGCUUUUGCCACUGCAAAAGUGAAGGAUUUAGAGGAAAAGCCAUUUGGUUAUGUUGUUGAGAAAGUGAAGGAGGGCAGGGAUAGAGUGACAGAUGAGUAUGUGAGGUCUGUGAUAGACUGGCUUGAGGUGCACAGAGGGGUCCCUGCUACUUCUGAUGGGAAUUUCUAUGUUUCAGCUUGGGGGAAGUUGGGCUUUAGUGGGCUUGAUUUUGGGCUUGGGAAGGCUGUUUAUGGGGGCCCAGUUGUGAGUGGGAAUGAUGAGUUUGUUUUGUUGCUUUCUGAUGGGAGUGGUGGGCUUAAUGUCUGGUUGGGCCUUGAGAAGGAGAAGAUGGAGAGGUUUAUGGUUCAUGUUCUGGAGAUAUGAUGAGAUAUAUAUAUACACCGAGCUUCUCAUGAGGGAUCCCGCACGUUGUUAACGUGUGGACUUCUAAUCUCAGCCGUCGAAUCUCAUCUGACGACCGAGGUGCAUUGCCGAGAUUAGAAGUCAGCAUUUUUGCAAAGUGAGGGAUCCCUUAUAGGAAGGGGACUCAUGUAUAAAGUUGAAAUAAAAUGAA